ACCCUCAAACAACUCAACACAAUGAAGAAGACAUCUCAGAAUAUCCAGCUAGCUAUAUACGCUACAAUACUGAGCCUGACAAUCGCCUGGCUCGUCAUAUCCAUCGCCGACACUGCUGUAUUAGCCCUACGAGAGUGGGACUUUCUCCCCUCCUGCGUCACCAGGCAUCAACGGCCACAACCAUUCAAGAUCGAAUAUCUAGAAUACAUAGACGACGAAUACGAGGAUAAUCUCGACAUCCCUUCUGCACAAAACGUCCUCAUGCCUCCAAUUACCGGCGGCGGCGGUAGUGAUGGCGACGACAAGAACACAAAUCUAAUCGUCUCCGACCUCCUCGUCAAAACACCCAAAAUCAACGUCUUUGCAUCCCUAACGCGGGAUUUCCAACCCAUCGCAAGCCGACUGAACGACAAAUCCCAAAACACUACUGUCCUUGCACCAUUAAAUUCAGCUAUAAACUCCCUGCCGCGGAAACCAUGGGAAGAUCCGGCUGAUUACGACCGGUUCGGGGAAGCGAAAGCUUAUAACGGCGAAGAAGGGCAGGAUAGGGCGAAGAGAAAUUUGCAGAGGUUUGUGGAGGCGCAUUUGGUGCCUGUUAGUCCGUGGAGGGAAGGGGAGGAGGUUGAGACUGUUGGAGGGGCGAAGGUUAAGUGGGUUAAAGAGGGGGAGACUGUUUUUAUUGAACCUGGACAUGUUGAAGUUGAGAGUUUGGCUUCGGAAGUGUCUAAUGGGAAUGUCUGGGUUCUUAAGGGGGUCGUUAAUUAUCAAUGAGUUUUAUCUGGUAUGGGAACUUUUCGGUUCCUGUUUUGCGUCAUAAGAUGGAAUUGGUAUGCGGAAUGGGCUUUAUGCUUCAAGCUGGUCUUGAUUUGACAUUGUACAUAUGUUUUACACUCUGAACGCUGCGUACAGUGGCUAUUAAUGAUUAUGAUACUGUCUUAUUAUGUCCCCUUAAAGGAGAGUAGUAGCAUAAGCUAGUCCUCAGGCCACUAAUAUAAGAGGACAAUGAACAUAUACAACCAUGCCAUUAUCAAUCAAUCUACAUAAGGUAGAAACCAAACAAAGUCUUCCUCUGAAAGACACCCCUACACGACAUAAAAAUACACCCAAAACAGUGCCAUACCACUAAGCCUUCCAAUUGUGCAAAACCCUUUCUUCAAUACCAUCCAACAAACUGAAAUACUCCAUAACCUCCAAAUUCUCCGCCUCACUGCGAUACAACUUAUCCGGAUCAGCACCCGGUUGGAACGGGUUUGCGCCUGCUGCUGGGUUUGCCAUUGCCAUU